AUGGAGAGUCCUUUUAUCACCGAGAUACUGAACCGAUUGCCGGUGAAGUCGCUGCUCCAGUGCAGGUGCGUUUGCACACGGUGGCGUUGCUUGAUAGACAGCCGUCCCUUCAUGGAGUCGCACCUGAAUCGGUCGAUCGAGUCAAGCACGAAUCUCUGCUUCUGCUGCAGGGGUUCCUCAAGCCUCUACUGUAUCGAUCUGGUUUCCCCGGGUGACGUGGUGGAGAUAGAGUACCCUCUCAGGUGGAAGCGGAUCAAGGCGCUAGGGUCUUGCCGUGGGUUACUUUGCAUUUCUAAACCGGAUGUCCGUGACGUUGCUAUUUGGAAUCCCUUCACUAGGAGGCAUAAGUUCUUGCCUCCUACAGAUACUCAGAUAGGCGGUGGAUUGUAUCCCUCUGCUUGCGUUCAUGGAUUUGGUUAUGAUGAUGAGAAUGAUGAUUAUGUGUUGUUGAGGCUGAUUCAGACCUUUGAAGAACCAAUUGAAUCUGUGGUUAGUAUCUAUAGUUUGAGAGCUAACGAGUGGAGGCAGCUCCAGAAGAUGCCAUACUAUCUGGUCUCGACACGCAAAAUGAUGGGGGUUUUUGUGCACGGCCGUCUGCACUGGUUGAUGAAACGCGAGCUGGCUUGA